GGUGCGCAUCCCUCAGCAGGUGCGCGUGCAGCGUCAUUCCCUGGUUACAGCUGCCAGGAAGAAAAAGAUUUCUUCAGUCAUUAGUUGCAAUGUCCGCGCUAACGCGGCGAAGCUCCCUCGGAAAAAGUCGGUUUUAGCUUCUUGUUUGUUUUAAGCUCGCAGUGUGUAGAAGAAGUUGCGUUUUAUGAGUAAGGAGGAACAGGUGGAGGUCCAGGCGGAACAUGGCUAAAAAAAGACAAGAAGAGGAAAAUCCGAACUCCGAAUACGGACAACCAGCGCAGUUUGACCAUAAUUUCAAAGGACCUGUAAAGAAUAGAGGGUGUACAGAUAUAAUCUGCUGUAUUCUCUUCCUGCUGGUCAUCAUUGGCUACAUAGUAGUUGGAGUUUUAGCUUGGAUCUAUGGCGAUCCAAGAGAUAUUCUUUACGCAAGAAACUCAACUGGCUGGUUCUGUGGAGUUGGGCCAAAUAAAGACCGACCCAACUUGCUUUACUUUGACAUUCUCAAAUGUGCAACGUCUGUCAAUGUGAUGGCAAGUGUUCUCAAUGGUUUCCAGUGUCCAACCACGCAGGUGUGUGUGAAAGAAUGUCCCUCUGACUUCUGGGCCGUGAAGAUACAGUCGUACCUUCCAGGUGAAAAACCUGCAAACGUUUUCAAUCCAAAUUACUGCGUGCCAUCUCUUAACCUCAACAGUUCUAACUUGAGUGUUAGUGAGAUUGUACAAAAGGAGCGGUGUCCUUUCAUGCUCAUACCUACAACCCCUGUGCUGGGGAGAUGUUUUCCUGAUAUCACAGCCUUGGGGAACAUACCUUUAUACUUUGCGAAUGUUCCAGGCUUGCCUGCCUCAGUGAAUGACACUGUUGCCCUCAUCAAAAAUGGCACUGGCACAGGGUUGGUGGUUUUGGGCAUUAUCAACAGCUUUAACGCUAAGGACAUCGCCACCCGAAUCUUUGCAGAUUUUGCAUCGUCAUGGCCGUGGAUCAUCCUUGGUUUGGUGAUAGCCAUGCUUGUCAGUCUGUUGUUCCUGUUGCUGUUGAGGUUUACCGCUCCAGUCAUGGUGUGGGUCCUCAUCAUUGGAGUGUUGGCUGCUGGAGCUUAUGGAAUAUGGCACUGCGCCUGGGAAUAUAUAAACUACAAACAAAACUCUGCUACCAUCACUACAAUUGGAUUCACCACAAAUUUCCAGAGUUAUCUAGAAGUCCAAGAGACUUGGCUGGCAUUCUUGAUAAUUUUAUGCAUAGUUGAGGGGAUCCUUCUGCUGACCCUCAUCUUCUUACGCACAAGAAUCCUCAUUGCCAUCGCCCUCAUCCAGGAGUCCAGCAAAGCUAUCAGCUACAUGAUGUCCACUCUGCUGUACCCUGUGGUCACCUUUGUUCUCCUGGUGGUGUGUGUGGCUUACUGGGGAGCUACUGCUUUAUAUUUGGCUACUUCAGGAAGUCCCACCUACAAAGUGGUGGCUCUGAACUCCACCAUGAACGACUGUAGUAGUAUCGAUGGCACCAAGAACUGUGACCCUCUGAACUUCACCUCAUCGGAUUACCCGAACUGCCCCUCAGCCAGCUGCAUCUUCAUCAACUACAAUAGCACGGACACCUUCCGGAAGAACCUCCAGUACCUGCACAUCUACAACGUGGUGGCUUUUCUCUGGUGUGUCAACUUUGUCAUUGCUCUUGGACAGUGCACACUGGCUGGAGCUUUCGCCUCCUACUACUGGGCUUUCGAAAAACCGUCUGGCAUCCCCAUGUUCCCUCUCUUUGGAGGUUUUAUACGCUCACUCAGGUACCAUUUGGGCUCGUUGGCAUUUGGUGCUUUGAUCCUGACCCUGGUUCAGAUCAUGAGGUUGAUCCUGGAGUACAUUGACCAGAAAACAAGAGGGUCGCAGAACAGUUGUGUGCGUUUUAUAUUGUGCUGCCUGAAGUGCUGCUUGUGGUGUCUGGAGAAGUUCAUCAAGUUCAUCAACAGGAACGCUUACAUCAUGAUUGCCAUUUAUGGGAAAAACUUCUGUGUCUCAGCCAAAAAUGCUUUUCAGCUGCUCAUGAGAAAUGUGAUAAGGGUUGUGGUGCUCGAUAAAGUCACAGACCUGCUGCUGUUCUUUGGGAAGCUGAUGGUGGUUGGAGGUGUAGGUGUUUUGUCUUUCUUUUUCUUCUCUGGACGAAUUAAGCUGCCGGGCUCCAGCUUCCGUUCCGAAAACCUCAACUACUACUGGAUGCCAAUAAUUACGGUGGCGUUGGGUAGCUACCUCAUAGCACACGGAUUUUUCAGCGUGUAUAACAUGUGUGUGGACACACUCUUCCUCUGCUUCUUGGAAGACCUGGAGCGUAAUGAUGGAUCUGCAGAGAGGCCGUACUUCAUGUCUAAAGGCCUCAUGAAAAUCCUCAAUAAAUCCAACAAGAUUCAAAAAAAGCAGAAAGCUAAGGACUGAAGAUAUUUGUUGGGGUUUUCUGCAUAUGUAUAUGAAACCACACAAAACUGUCACACACAUUCAGGAUGUCUUUCUUUGUAUCUCUUCACUUUUAGAUAUCAUUAGCUAGGUUUAACAAAAUUACUCUGCAAUUUAGCACUUUUUAAUAGCUUGCUUUUUGUUUUAACAUUUAUAUUUAGUAUUAAUGACUGUACAUAUAAAAGGACCGAGAGAUUCCAAGUAAUGCAAAUCUAUUCAUCUGUUCAUUUGUUUUUCAUUAGCACUUUUCUGUAAGGUGAUCUUUCUUUGCUUUAGCAGCAUUUAAUCCUCCUGCUGGUUGAUUGGUUGUUACAGUUUUGAAUGUCAGUUGAAAGUUAAGACUCAAUGUACAACUUGAAUUCUAGAGAAACAUUUAAGCUAAUUUCUAAAAAUGCUCUUAUAUAUUUUGAGAUUGGUAAAGUUUUUAUACAUUUUUAUGUUCACAAUAUUGUUAAUUAAUUGUAAAAGAAUAAAGUUGUAAAUAUGAA